CCACUCACCCACCCACCCACCGCCCUCCAUGGGCCGGCGCUGCCGGCGCUGAGCGCCGGGAGGCAGCGCCCGGCGGCGCGCCCGGCUGCCGCGAUGAGCGGCGGGGAGGUGGUGUGCUCGGGCUGGCUCCGAAAGUCACCGCCGGAGAAGAAGUUACGGAGAUACGCAUGGAAGAAACGCUGGUUUGUCCUGCGCAGCGGUCGGAUGAGUGGUGACCCCGAUGUCCUGGAGUACUACAAAAAUGACCACUCCAAGAAACCUUUGCGUGUGAUCAACCUCAAUUUCUGCGAGCAAGUGGACGCAGGCCUGACCUUCAACAAGAAGGAACUGCAAGACAGCUACAUCUUUGACAUCAAGACCACUGACAGGACCUUCUACCUGGUGGCUGAGACCGAGGACGACAUGAACAAAUGGGUUCGCAGCAUCUGCCAGAUCUGUGGCUUCAACCAGUCCGAGGAGAACACAGACACCCUGAGGAGCAUUGCCUCCAUGAACCAUGCACCGCGGUCCUCCCCAGCAGAGCUCAGCAGUGCCAGCCACCACCUGCUGCGAGAGCGCAAGUCCUCAGCACCGUCCCACUCCAGCCAGCCCACCCUGUUCACCUUUGACUCACCCGCUGGCCACCUCCAGAGCACCCUGUCCGCCAGUGCCCCCCAGGACUACCUUUUCCUCCACCAGUGUAUGAGCAGAAAGUCAGAAAACGCAAGGAGUGCCAGCUUCUCCCAAGCCACAAGAUCCGCCUUCUUCAUGCGGAGUGACACGGCGGUCCAGAAGCUCUCACAGGGCAAUGGGCACUGCAUGAACGGGGUUGGAGGGCAGCUGCAUGGCUUUUACAGCCUGCCAAAACCCAGCCGGCACAACUCAGAGUUCAGGGACAGUGCGUACGACCUCCCACGCGCCUUCGGUUCCUACACCCACCCCAAGUCGAGCCUCACCAGCUCCGAAACUGAUAAUGAGGAGGUUUACGUCUACAAGACCCCCAACAACACCCUAUGCAAGGAGUUUGGGGAGCUCUCCACGGACUCCUAUGACAUCCCCGCCACCCCGCUCUCUGUCUAUCAGAUCCCCAGGACAUUUACGCUGGACAAGAACCACAACGCUCUGGCCGUGGCUGCCAGCGACUCGCCUGCUGCACCACCUCCGCGGCCCCCGAAACCCGGGCAGAUGGAGCCACGGUGGGGCAGCCCACCCCAGCGGCCCCAGCCCAGCGAAAGCUUAGGGCUGGCCCCGAUGGCAGCCACCAUUCCCCGGAGAAAUACGCUGCCAGCAGUGGAAAACAGCAGGCUACACCGAGCUUCUUCUUGUGAGACGUACGAAUACCCCCAGCACGGGGGUGGCAGCACUGUGCAGUCAGUCGAGUCGAUGAACGAUGGGUACAACUCCUACCUGCAAGCCAAGACAGCAGUGGCCCGCUCCCACAGCACCGACUCCGAGGACAACUAUGUCCCCAUGAACCCCGGUUCCUCGCCCCUGAUCCAUGCCGAGAAAGCCAAUGACAAUGGCCAAAAUCUCUACAUCCCCAUGAGUCCUGGGCCGCAUCACUUUGACCUGGUGGCGUUGUCCUCAGCCACCCUCCCCGUACAUAAAGGAGGAGCCAUGGCACAGUGCCACAGACGUUUGAGUGAAAUCCAGCCCCCACCAGUCAACCGCAACCUCAAACCUGACCGGAAAGCAAAGCCAUCACCACUGGACCUGAGGAACAACACAGUCAUCGAUGAGCUUCCCUUCAAAUCGCCAGUCACAAAAUCUUGGUCCAGGCCAAGCCAGACCUUCAACGCCGGCUCUUUGCAAUACUGUCGCCCUGUCUCCUCCCAGAGCAUCACCAGCACUGACUCGGGAGACAGUGAGGAGAACUACGUGGCGAUGCAAAACCCCAUUUCUGCUUCUCCUGUUCCUAGUGGUACCAACAGCCCAGCGCCUAAAAAGAGUUCGGGGAGUGUGGAUUAUCUGGCCCUGGACUUCCAGCCAAGCUCGCCAGGGCCACACAGAAAGCCCUCCACCUCGUCGGUCGCCUCAGAUGAGAAGGUUGAUUACGUGCAAGUGGACAAGGAGAAGACACAGGCGCUGCAGAGCACCAUGCAGGAGUGGACUGAUGUGCGGCAGUCCUCGGAGCCCACCAAGAGCACGAAGCAGUAGUGCCUGGGGCAGGCAGCGAAGCAGGCUGACAGCUCUGCUGGGCUGGAUUUCUAAGACUUGUCUGCGGAGAGGAGAGGGUCUUCAUUUUUUUAUUUUUUAUUAAGGCAAAAAGAAAUUUAAUUUCAGGGGAAGACUUGGCGGAUACUGUUUGCCAGUGAUAAAGACCAACUGUGUUCGGUGGCUAGGUUUGUGCUUUAGCUGCUGGAUGCACAAUCCAGGAAUUUGACUUAGCAAUACCAGGUUUCACCCUACACAUCUUUUGCUUACAGCUAUUAAAACCACCUUGUACGUGCUAACACUGAUCAUCUCUCCCCAUCUCCUUCGACGCUGUACUCCCAAACCAUGCCAUGCAGGUUUGCAGCAUCUCUCAUAAGACAUCAUUCCCCAGCUCUGAUUCCCCACUCCUUAUGGUUGCCCUCUUCUCUGCCUCCUCACAAUCCCAAAACUGAGCAAGGACCAUUCCUUUUGAAAUCACUUUCAUUGUCCCAUCUCUUGUAAAUAACAUGUUCAAAACCUCUGAGGGCUAUUCUUCUCCUGGUGGGACAGCCCCCAUGGUUUUGAUUGUGGUUGUUAACCUUCAGAAGCUUGAAGAGCAUCCAGACUUUUCCACUGAGCUGACUUAGAAACCCAGGACUUGCCCCGUUCUCACACACAUGCAUGUGUGAAACAUGUUUGUUUGUUUGGAUGUCUUCUGCUGUUGAUGCUCUCCAACAUCUCUCAAAGUCAAUGGGAUGGACAUACUGGCUUUGGAUGGCAGAAUUUAAGCCCUGACCCACUGCCUAUCUGAAAUCAAUUGCCCGUGAAUGUGGCCUUACGAACCAAAAUCUGCCCUUUGUGGCACCAAAAGAAAUGCAGAGAGUGAGAGUCCUCCACCUGUAGCCAUCAUGAGAGGCUCUUUGGUUGAGUACAAGGGACACAGGGAGGCUCUGGAGACUCUGUAUAUCUGGACUGGCACAAGGAUGAGUGACAAGGAGGGAGUGGAAGGCUGUUGGGAGCAGUGGGAGAAGGCAGAUGCUGUACUGCAGAGGUUGGUCUUGGGUGAGGAAGUCCAGUGGGGUGUACUUUGGAGGAAAGGAGUAGUGUAAUUGAAAUGUUGGUUGAUGGUGUUAUGUUGGUCUUAGGUGUGGGAAGAGGCUGGUCAGGAGAGUCAGGGCAAGGUGUUUCAACAUUAGCUUUGAUGUAGCAUUAUGGUUGGUUUGUGGUGGGUGCGAAGGGCUGGAUUAGGUGUUUUCUCCCCAUCUUCAGCAAUGUUUCUCAACACAGAAAUGGGGCUUGUUGACAUUAACGACUCUAGGCUCUAAUUAUGGGUGGGAAUCUGCUGUUGCCCCUUGCCAGCAUCCUUGACACAUCCAGGUUUUGGGAUUAUUCCCCAGGCAGCUGCUGGGUGCAGAGCCGAGAAGGAAGAUACAGUUCAUUGCAGAGAUAAUAAUUCAUGAUCUCAUGAAAACAGGAAGAAUUAAUGAUUGCCGUGGAGCAGCCUGAUUGCCAGACAGCAAGCACUGACAUGAAUAAACAGGCCGCCUGCAAACCAAGAGCCAAACCGAGGAGACAUUAGAAAGAUUAGGUAAUAAUAUCUACUAAAAAGCUGGAGCUAUUCUUUCUGCAAGCUGAACCCGUCCUAGUGCCAUGGGCUCUGUCUUCCACCAACACCACCAAGUCAUAUUGAUUAUUAACACUUAAGCAUUAACACAUUUCUUUAAUCUUGUUCGCAUUUGGAAAGAGCCAGACGUGACCCACAUGGGGAUAGGGUACCAGUCCCUUAAGGGCUGCGUGCUAGUAAAAUAAAUCUUGAACUUCCAACAUCGGUUUAUAUUUUCUUCUUGCAUGCCAUGAAAGGGAAGGUUAUUAAUGGAAAAGCUCUGACGGCCCUUUUAAGACACUGAAGUGUUGGCCUUUUACAGGAAUAACAAAGCAAAUAGCCUAAUGCUCAUGGCAAAAAGAAUAAUCAUCUAGGGGGGAAGAAAAAAAAAAAAACCACACCAAAACCCAAAGGGAAGAUUUAGCACAGCCAGAUGCUUUCUGAAGGUCAGGGAGUGUGAUACAGCCUGCAAGGGCCUUUGCCUCUCAUUGGGGGCUUGCACGCUUGCAUAGUGAGAUAAUGAAAUGAAGAGCAGAGUACAGUGCUUCGGAUUUCUAUAGCCCCUGUCAUCACUGCAUCUCAGGGGAGACUAAACAUUGGGGCUGAUCCAGAGUGUGUUCACCCGGGUGGGAGUGAGCUCCCCAUCCCCACCAAAAAGCAAAUGUGACUCAACAGGGAAGCUGGUUUUUUCCUAUUUCAUCCUCUUAAACUGUUGGGCAGGCACAAAGGAAGAUGAGGCUGGGGAGAAGGGUUAUGGUGCACGCUGGAUGUGUUUUCCUGCCAAAAGCUGUGCUGCUCUCCUCUCACGCGAAAACGCAGCUACCUCUGGGGUGGAUUGCAGCAGCAGUUUUGGGAAUAGCUCUUUGGGCUGCUUUGGGUCUCUCUCAGUAAAGCAGUGCAACUACUCUCAAGAUGAAACAGCCCAGCUCCAGGCUAAAGAAAAUCUUGAACUGAACCAAAAGCCUGGAGAAAUCAAGUGAUAGCCUAUGCUCAGGUUCUUGUUUUCAUCUGGGAGAUGGGGAGCUCACCAAGUCCCAAAAGCACCCUGAAAGUGGGCAGGCGAGGGGGAGGCAGCAGCAGCGGUCAUUUCUGGUGGUGCAGUGGCUUGAGAGACAGUGCAAUGAGCUGGGAUGUGUUUCGAGCCGGUGCCCUGUGCUUCUGCGCUGGGACCAGGUGCGUCUAGUGCCCGCUCCCAUAUUUAAUCCAAAGCCCUUUGUGGUGCUGGAGAAACUAGUCCUUUCUCUCUAUGUCCCACAAAUGUCUAUUUGUUCAUGGGGCAAGCCCUGGCAUGGGAUAGCUCUUUUCCCAAGCUCAGGCCUCCAGUUUUAAUGAUUUGCUUUCAUGAGAAUCCCCGCAACUGGCCCUUUGCAUUUGGCAGACCAAGGAACAAAACAUCCCAAAAGUAGCUAUUUCACAACUGCUGGUCGCUGGUGCCUCUCUGCUUUGCAGUGAGGCCUACAUUUUCCCAGAAACAGACAUAUUUCUCCAUUUUUUUCCCAGCUAAGCACCAAGCAAAUAGCCUCUCCAAGCUAAGUAUCAGCCCAUAGACUCUAUGCAUUGCCAUGUAGGCAUGACUGUAUCAGCCCCUCCUGAAAGCCAUUAAGUAAUCAAUGGCUGCAGUGGAAAUAGUCAUUCCUGACAGUUGCCAGGCUGAUUACAGCAGUCCCUGAUGAUUAAUGUUUGUGCAGUAUUUAGUCUUAAACCAUAUUGAAAAGCAGCUGGUUUAAUUACACGGACUGCCAAGAACUUUGUCCUGAAGGCAUUGAGUUUAUCACAUCCACUCUAUACUUGGAUGCUCAAGUAUUACUGACGCUUUUGUUAGAAAUAGGUAUUUUAGGAAGCUGAGAACAUUGGAAAUGAUUCAUUUUAACUGCAAUUAAAAUGGCUUGAGUCUUCACGUCAGAGCCUGCUCUUCAGCUCUAUGGUCCCAUUUAAGAAAAGAGAUGUGCUUGUAGGUGUGCGUGUGCUCAUGGAGAAGGGCUGUCUGUGGGACAAGCAUCAUGACCUCAAUAUUGAGUUUUAUGAAGUACCAGGGCCAUGGAUCAAAGCUCUCCCCGAGCUUUAGAAUGACUAAGCUAGACAUUUUAAAGGCAGAAGUAUCAAAAAACAUGUAUCCCUCACUGUGUGUGACUGCCGCUUAUGGUUCCUCUGGUGGGAUGUGUGAGCUGCCUUGUAGCUGAUUUGCUCCAAACUGACACUUGAGUGUUUAGUGGGAAAUACAUUUCAAGCUCUAAAUGGAUGACAGGCUUAUGCUUAGUCUCAGGUUGGAGAAACAAAAUACGUGUGAGUGCAGACUGUGCCAGGAGAAAUUUGAGUGUCUGGCAGAUAGGGUCAAAUCCAGAGCUGGAACCAAAACGUAUCUAAGGCUUGGGUGCACGGGGGGCUAACGGGGAUGGAACUGGGCCCAGGGCCACCAGCCACUGGCAAGGUUUAUAUAUGGGGGAACAUGAGGUUGGGAGGAAAGAAAGCAGGGAGUUUGCCAGCAAGAUCUGAGUCUUGGUCCUCCCCAUGUGCUCCUUUGGCAUGAGUCUCGAGUCAGCUAUAUAGAGAUUUGUGGGUUGUGGAGUGGGGUUUUGGUCAGUAAAAGCCACGGUGGGAGGAGAGUUCCCACCACUCUCACGACUUACCCAGGGCACUUCACUCUCAAGGGGUUCAUCCUGCCCGACAACAUGAUGCCUCAGUGCUCUGGCUUUCAGGGAGCCCUGGUCAAUGCACCCAGCUCUGAGCUGGGCAGGAGAAACCCUGCUAGAAGUGUGGUGGGGACCUGGACGUGCUGGGACACACCUUGCUCUGGGGCUCCCAUGAACUAACCAUGGGGCAGCAGUGCCAUGGGCUUCACAGGGUUGUCGCAUGAAGAGCCACCUCCAUCCUUGGAGCUUUUCAAGACCCAGGGUGGAUCAACCCCACAGCUGACCCUGCUUGGAGCAGGGGGAGGGACCAGAGACAUCUCUUCCCCCCAGUUUACCCUGAGACUCUGUGCUGCUGGGGCUGAGCAGAGACUCCUCCAUGUGAGGGAAGGGGCCAAAGGUAUUGCCUAGAGCUCUAUAAUACCUGAAACGGAGCUAGGGCCUCUUUUCUGGCCAUGAAGCCAAGUGGCAAAGCACAGCUUACCCCUAAGGCCAUACCCCACGGUGAGGGAACCUGAUUCACACUGGGGCCAUCCCUUGCACCUGGGAGAGGGCUGGCUAGCCCAGACCAAGUCGUCCGGGACACAGACACACAGUCCGAGCAACUGGGAGACAGCUUGAACCUGUAAAUUUGUUAGGGCAGACAUCAACCCAGAGCUCUCUGCAGCUCCAUGCCAGCUCCUACACCCUGGCAUCCCAGCCCCUCGAGCAUACCGGGAAGACUUGGCUUGCUUUGGCCACCCAAUGAUCAUGGCUCCUUGGGAGGGGUAGAGCCAUGCCCAGGUCUUAUGUGGUGGUGGACUUCAGUAGGAAGAUGUUUAAAUAGCUUCCAGGUCCUGUCUGAUCUUCCUGGCCUAGGAGGCAAGUAAGAGGAUGGUUUUGUCAAUUCAUGCUUGCGUUGUGUUGAUGUUUUCCCACCUGGUGAUGUUGCUAUUCCAUGUAAAAUUGACACUCACCCACACAGUGUGUGCCGUUGGAGGAAUGUUGUCUGAAGGAGAUGGGUGCAGUGGGGCUGUGCCUGUGGAGAAGCCCUAAAGGGUGAAGAGCAGAGCCUAACCCCACCCCCAGCCAGAGGACACACAUGGCCAUCAAAGAGCCAUCAAGAAAACCAGAGAGACCAGUCCAGCAUCAACUCACAAGGGCCAAUAAACCAGUUUAGGGCCCCUGGUGAGUCCCUGUGCCUCUCUUCUCUGCCCAGAAAGCACUAGCCCGCCCACAUGUAUGCAAUGAUCUUGCAACUGUUAAUAAGGCUCUUGCAGGUAGACAUGUGCACCUUUUGAUCAUGAUUUGUCCUUGGCUGGAGCAGUUGAUCCCUCCAUCAGCUUGUCCUUGGUGUCACAACCUUGUAGUCGUAAUUUUAUCUCCUUGUACUUGUGCUGUUAAUCAGGUUGCUACUUCAGUGGCUGCUCUUGAGAAAAUUUGAUAUGUAGCAAGGUGCCACCAAACAGCUCUCUCCAUGCCAACCCACAGCCAGCCGGUCCUGGCACAGUGUCCAAACUUUAACACUAGCCAGCAACACCUGGAGCAGAAGCUGACCACAUGGUUCCAUCUCUUGAUCUAAAAGAGCUCAAUGGAUUUGCUUCUGAUCAGCAGACUCUUAGUUUUUGAUGCAGCCCAUUGCUAACAUAUAACGGGUUCAUUUGUAGGCCAGUGGGUUGACUACAUGGGAGAGGUUUGCCCCAAGACCAGAAGAUAAAAAAACAUUAUUUUUAUUGUUGUUCUUUGGGUGAUACCACACUUUAUCUUCAGGUGGGUCGAGGGAGUUCAUUUGAACUCUGCAUCCUGCUUUUUCUCUGGCUUGUAAAAUGAAGAUUUUUAGUACUUAUUUCCCAACCUCACAGAUGCAUCAUGAGGUGUGAUUAAUUGGCAUCUAAUAAUGCAAAGAGCUGUUUUGAGUCUGCAUGCAAUGGCCGGGAAGCAUGUGGUGCUACCCCAUUGUCAUGUCCAGCAUCACACAUGACACUGCACAUCCCGCUCUGCAAAACUCAUUAAAAAACCCUCAUCCCUAAUUACCAGGGUGGAAAAAAAAUUGGCAGGAUUUUCUCCUGAGCAAGGCAGGUGGGGGAAAAGCCGUUUGCACAGUUUCAGCAUUCUGCUGCCAUGUUGACCCUGAAAAUACCACAUUUUCUUUGAGAGCCCUUUGAACGUGGUGGCUGAAGCACAUCACAGAGAGGGGAAGGGAACAGGACCCUGGGCUCCACGGGGAGCCCACUGCUAAGUCCCAUAGGGUUAGGACCAAACCUUUAGAUUAGUUAAGUCCCACUCAGCCCAGCCCUUGGGGAAGUCAGCGGGUCCCCGUUGACUUUGGGCAUCCCUGCGUGGGAACGGCCCCAGCCACAUUAGGGUAGUUUCCUCUGUUUGUUUCUUAACCCGCUGCGAGGUGGGGUCGGAGCCCCGGCUUUGAAGCCGUUGUGUCGGCAACCGAUUCGCAGGGAUGUCUUGUGUGUUUCAAAGCCUAUGACUGUUCGUAAAGAGGAGUAUUUUUACUUUUUUUUUUUCCCCAUUUGUAGAAGGAAGGACAAGAGUAAUCUGUGGCAAACUGUACAGUACGUGUCUUCUUGUGGUGUCACUGUUUGAAUGGUUAUUAAGUUUUCAAAUCACUGUGGACAGCUAAUAAGUUAUUAAUUUAUUCUUUGGGGGUUUGUUGUUUUUUUUUUUUUUUAAGUAAUUUGAAACAAUUAUUUAUCCUGUAAAUUGGUCUUGAGUGAAGCCUAGAUAAUACUUUUUUUGCUGUUAAUAAACAUGGUACAUGUCUGA